GCUGUAGCGCUUCGAGUUUAGCACCAGCGUUUCGCCCAGGAGGUCUGAGUUCCAGAAACAGUCCGCAGCGGACUGAAAGGGCCGAUUUUAAAGCGCUCGGCUUUAACUGUUUGCAUUCUCAAACACAGCACUCGGGUUUAGGCGCGUUUCUUGUUCAUUAACAAUCAAUAAUAGUUACAAAUAGGUUAGCUCUGCUAGCCGGUUAGCCGGCUGUCAGCCCUAUCCCCAGCGUCACUUCCUACUUUUGAAAAUCGCGGCCAGAAAGGAAAGAAGCAGAGAUGGAGUUACAAGUGGGUUCAGAGCCGAUGACCCUGGGCUCUCCGACCUCUCCUAAGCCAACCUCUGGGGCUCAGUUUCUGCCCGGUUUCCUGAUGGGUGACCUGCCAGCUCCAGCUAGCCCACAGCCCCGCCCCUUCAGCCUGGCCUCACCAAUUGCCGAUAGCACAAGCACACAUCGAGGAGGUGGAAGAGGUUCCGCCUUGCAGCCUGUUGUCCCCACACCCAAAGACAAGAGUGGAGCCCCACCUGUUCGCAGUAUCCAUGAUGACCUGGUUACUGUAGCAACACCUCUCACUGCACACAGACAGUCCUUCCCGGUCAUGCAGUCUCCUGUGGCAGCACGUCAGGCCUCCACUCCAGGAACAGGUAUGCAGCAGAUGUGCCUGUCUCCAGCUCAGGUGGACCCAUUCUACACUCAGGGAGAGUCUUUGUCAUCUGACGACCAGCUGGACCAGACCUGGGUCACAGUGUUUGGUUUCCCUCCGGCCUCAGCUUCCUACAUCCUGCUGCAGUUCGCUCAGUACGGAAACAUCCUCAAACACACGAUGGCGUCUCCUGGGAACUGGAUGCACCUUCAGUAUCAGUCCAGACUUCAGGCCAGGAAAGCUCUGUCUAAAGACGGAAAGGUGUUCGGUGACUCCAUCAUGGUGGGAGUCAAACCCUGCAUAGACAAGAGCGUGAUGGACAGCAGUGAGGCUGUCUCUACUCCCGUCUCCUCUUCCUUCUCCUCCUCCGUCCUCCCUUCCACCCCUCGCUCCGCUAUCAGGCCACUCAGCACCACCUACAGGAACUCAGGCAGUGACUACCAGGUGGUAGCAGAUAGACAGACGCCCAGGAAGGAUGACAGCUUUGUUUCCAAGGCGAUGGAGUACAUGUUUGGGUGGUGACACAGCACAACACACCACGAGAUGUCUGCAGCUUCAGAAGAGAGAGGACAGUUGAUGGGCAGAGAGAUAAACUGAGUCACUACACUCUGUCUGUGUGUGUGUGUGUGUGUGUGUGUGUGUGUGUGUGUGCGUGUGUGCGUGUGUGCGUGUGUGUGCUAAAAUGCAGGAUGUUUUUGUUGCUCUCUUCUUUUAUAGUCACUGUUUUUUAAUCUUU